AGCAAAGGUCAGAAAUGUUCCAGAGCAUUUAAAGCAAAAAUAUUUCUUUUUAAAGACUCUUAAACAAUUCGAAAAUUCGAAUGGACUUCUCAACAGUUGAGCACGAAAAUAUUCAGAUUCCCGUGCCAUGGGGACAUAUAUCCGGUCGUUGGUACGGCAAUAGAAAUCGGCGUCCAAUAUUAGCACUACAUGGAUGGAUGGAUAACUUAGGUACUUGGGAUUUAUUAAUACCACAUUUACCGAAGCACAUCGGCAUCCUCGCUAUUGACUUUCCUGGACAUGGACAAUCAUCGCACCUACCUCAGGGUAUGCAAUAUCAUGUGAUCGAUUAUGUUACUGCAGUUAUGCAUAUUAUAAAAGAAUAUAAUUGGAAGAAAGUAUCACUUAUGGGACAUUCAAUGGGUUCAGUUGUAGUAUACCUCUAUGCAGCAUUAUAUCCAUCAACUGUGGACUUAAUAGUUAACUUCGAUUAUGUAAAACAAGAAUUCUGGAAAACGGAUCUCGAAAUUUAUUUUUAUGAACGUGGCUUUAUAGAGCGACUAAAUGAUAUGACUGAAAUAACAACAAAUAGAAGUGAACCAAAAUCACACGAAUUUAAAACUUUGGAAAAUAUGAUUUACGAAGGAUCUGGUCGUUCUGUUGAUUUUGAGAAUUGCAAAUAUCUUUUAUAUCGCAGCAUAACCAAAUCACAAAUAUCUCCCGAUAAAUAUUAUUUUUCCAGAGAUAAGAGAAUCAAGUAUUGUAAACCAUUUAUUACUACGUAUGAACUAACACUGGAAUUAAAUAAAAGAAUAAAAAAUAUUCCAUAUUUUGUGAUAAAAGGUUUGAAAUCUUCGCUUCUUAAUGAAGACUCCAGUGAAGUUUUAAAAAUACUACGCAAAAAUAAUCCACACUUUGAAUAUUACGAAAUUGAUGGAACCCAUCAUUUACACAUGAAUAACGCGGAAGAAGUGUGUAAAUAUCUCAAUCCAUUUCUGAACCGUCACUACCCCGCCGAGCUUAGUUCCUGGUCAAUUGAUGAUAAUAUUAAUGUGGACACAAGAAGCAAAUUAUAAAAUAUUUUAUAUGUAAAUUUUUUUUGUGGACUUUGUAUUUGGGAAAAUCGUAU